AAAAUGAAUUCACGAGGUAAUGCUAUUAGUUAGAGGGAAUAUACAAUAUAUAAUGUUUAAAAUAUUGAAGCGUAUAAAUCAUUUCUAUUAUUCUGUGAGCAUUAAAAUUAAUACAGUUAAUGUGUAAAAUUGUUAGUGGCAACAAAUGAUAAACAUUUCAGUCAGAGAAUAGUUUGUCCGAUUACAAAAAAAUAAUAGUCUAAGUUGGUUGAUUCCAUUACUAGAUAUUUAAUACUGUUUCAGUGUCCAGUAAAAUUUCAAGUAAAAAUAUAUGAGUGAAUCACUUUCAUCACACAAUGGUCUGUGUUAAAGAGGUUUCAUUUCAUUCUAAAUUUUAGAACCUAAUUAUAAUCAAAUUAUAUUGCAGAAUAAUUUACUGUUUGACCUCCAUUCAUUCAGAUUACUCAGUAUAAAUUUGUCCCUGACUCUUCAAUACAAUUUUUGUAAUCUCCAUUUUAGAGUGAACUAUUAUUAUUCAUUUGAGUUCCGAAAAACUGAUAUAUUCAUUUACCACCAGUUAAGCAUCAACAAAUAAAGAGGUUUCAGUGUCAAAUAAUAUCAAUACUGUACCUCCCGUACUAAUACAUCGAUUUCGGCAUUUUUAAUAAAUUCACUGUCUCUGACUAGUUGAAUUAAUUCUUGGAUUCGUUAGUAAAUAUUAAUGAUCCCACCAAAAAUUAAUCACUCAACACUUAUGAUCAAAAUGCUGACAUAAUUAGAAUGAACUUCAUGCAAAUUUUAGAAAAUAAUUAUAAUGGAAGUUGACAGAAACUACGUUUCACGGCGUUAUUAGUUCUCUAUUAUGCUGUAGUGAAGACAGGUCAACAGGUUAGCAGGUCAUAUAAUAGAUUUCGAUCCUCUUGAUAAAUUCUUCCAUUUAGACACUAGUAUCUAUAAUUGAAAACCGCUGAAUGAGGUGAGUGAUUUCAAAUAUACAGAACACAUUCAGUAGGGUUUAUCGUCUAUGCAUCAGUGUUUGUCGCUUCAUUAAAUUCCUCAAAAUGAUGUAUAUCCAGAUACUUGAUGUGUCCUAAUAUCCGCUCGUUAAUUAGCAUUGAUGUUUCAUUACACUUGAUGAUUAGAAUUAUCAUUAAAAUCAAUCAUGAAAGAAAGUCAUCGUUGAGAAAACUUUCAAAAUUAUGAAUGCGUUUAGUCAUUGUGUUGCAAAUCAAGUUUACAUAAAUGAAUUCGGGUUUUUUUGAACGUCAAUCGAGAGAAAUAAGUUGAUUUUAAUUGUAAAAAUAUUUAAUAGAAGUAACGCAAUCCGUUAGGGUGAGGAUGAAAGAAAAGAUGACAAUAAGUAAUAGUCUGUUAUUCACCGUGAUCUGUCUCUGUUGUCAUAUGUGUAUUGUAAACGAAAGGCUUUGAUGUACCGUUAAGUCACAGAUCUUAGUAUGUUUGUUUCCUGACUGGAAGUCAUGAAUAUCAGCAACGGGAAAUUAGAAAGUCUCAUCAAUACCUUUACACAUGUUGAAUAAAUCGAAGCAUGUCUAGAUUCAGUGGCUCAUUGGAUAAUGAGUUUGAGUUUGAAUUGAAAGGUUCAGGAUUUUAGUGCUAGUCUAUAUGAAUGGUAGAUCCAGGUGACAAGUCCCAAAUAAUAUGAAGUGUAUGUUAUAGAUUCAGCUGCUAGCCACAUACCAAAUGCAGUAAGAAAAUCAUUCUAAACAAAAUUUGAUAUUGAUUCUUUUCUUAUUUCGACACCUACAUAUCUUGUAGUAUAUAAUCGUAAUUUUUAUGUUCUAAAAAGCUUGAAAAGUUAUGAGCACUCUAUGAUGACGACGGGACGCAAAAUGUUUGAGCGUUACUUUCCGGAGAUACAAAUGAUAAGGUUCGAACAGGUAGGUAAAUGAAUUUUUUCCGCUAAAGUUUAUGCUGAUAAUGGAUUAUUUUUUAGAAAAAAGAGCAAUUGUAAGUUCAAUUCGUAUCUCCCAUUCUGCAAUACCAAACCCAUAUGUUUUGGAAACUAAAAGAGAAAGGACUUCUCAUUUGUGUUUUGUUGAAUUGUACCUGUCUUGUGAAGCUGACUAUAUUUUGAUUACUUCAAAUGCUAGUUGUUACUUCGAAUUACACAAUCAUUUCCAUUGAUGUUAUUGUAGUAAAAAUUUGUUCCUUGUAAAUGGCCAAGUUGGAAUUAUUUCUGUGAGAAUUUCUCAGAAAAACAAUAAUCCUUUAGAUGCAUUUUAGAGCGUGUUUCUUUAAAUUUUAUUCCAACCAAUGAGACAGUCAAAUUCCUAAUGACCAAUUAGGUUAUACAAAUAGUUGCUAUAUAAAUAUACUCAUCCAUCAGUAUGGUUUAUUUAAUUAUAUUGAACAGAACCGUGGAAAUGAAGAUUCUUGCAGUUUUCGGUAUUAUGUUAACUUAUUUCUGUGCAGUAACGUUCGGAGCUGAAAGUCUUCACCAAUGUAACAAAGAUUUUGAGGCAACGAUGGAAUUUUGUUUCAAACAGAACAUAGCUUAUUCACACAAGUUCACGGACUUAAAGAGUUUGAGAAAUGCUUGCAUGAGUGAUAGAUAUUGCAAACCUAAAGCAAAGAAUUGUCUUUUAUCUGCACUUCAAGGUUCGACAUUCAUUAACUGUCCUUUACAAAGAACCUAUAUAAAAUCAAUAGAUCGUAUGUUCUGAUAACAUCCGGUCAUCUCUUAGUCUAUUAUUUGAAUUUGUAAUGUACAGAUAAAUAAAUUCUUUAUUUUAUCAACUAUGA